AUGAGUGACGACGUAAUUCGUACAAAGAGUUUGGGCACCUCAUCGGAGGGUGUACGCGACCAGUACGCCGAUGGGAAGGCUGCUAAAGUUUGGGAACUAUUCAUAGGCGACAAAAAAAGUCGUACAGAAAGCUAUAAGAACUUCUUAAUCGGACUACUCAAAAAGAAAGGAUGUCGUCGUAUUUUAGAUGUUGCAUGUGGCACCGGAGUCGACUCUAUCAUGUUAUUAGAAGAAGGAUUCGAAGUUGUCUCUUGUGACGCUUCUGAUAAAAUGUUAAAAUACGCUCUUCAGGAGCGAUGGGAUCGCAGGAAACAACCAGCUUUCGAUAAGUGGAUUAUUGAAGAAGCUAACUGGUUGACUCUAUAUGAUGACAUUGGUAGCUUAGUUGGAGAUGGUUUUGAUGCUGUAAUUUGCUUGGGAAAUUCAUUUGCUCAUAUGAUGGACAGCUUCGGCGAUCAACGUGAACAAAAGCAAGCGAUAAAGAAUUUCGAACGCUGCGUCAAACCAGGAGGUCUUCUUCUUAUUGACCAUAGAAAUUAUGAUCACAUUGUUAGUUCCGGGGAGACUCCAUCAAAAUGCAUCUAUUAUAACAGUUCCUAUCAUACCGACAUCAAAACCUCGGUUUUGUAUGUAUCGGGAAAACCCGCAAUGGUGAUGAUGGACUAUGUAAUUGACACUGCCAAUUACAAAAACGGAAAACAAGCAGCCCAGGUUGCUAAUUCUGAUACAAUCAACGAAUUCCGUCUUAGUUAUUAUCCCCAUCGCUUGGUGUCUUUCAAGGACAUGCUUAAAGAAGCCUUCAAUGCAAAGGACGAUCACCAGAUCUUUGGCGAUUUCCAAAAGCUAACAGAAAUUGCCGUACCUAACUUCUAUAUACAUGUAGUUGAAAAGAAAUAAUAACUUUACAAUAUAUUAUAUAAAGCAGUCAAUAAGAA